CUAAAUUUCAAUUUUAAAAUGAAACUUUCAUUUUUAUUUAUUUCAUCAUUAGUUUUAUUAUUUUUAGUUAGUGGCUCUUUAUCAGAAAAGCCAAUAAAGCCAGUUGAUUGUACAACAGUACGUUGUGCUAUGCCAACCUGCCCAGCCUACCAAGUACCUGUUAAACCAGAAAAUUCAUGUUGCUAUAUUUGCUCUGGUAAACCUUGCGAAAACAUCAUGUGCCCAGCUGUUGUUAAACCAUGUAGGGAAAAUGAACAACCAACUGGUUGUUGUCCAUGUACACCUGAAGCUACCUUAGAUCCAUGUGCUGAUAUUAUGUGCCCAGCUGUUGUUAAACCAUGUAGGGAAAAUGAACAACCAACUGGUUGCUGUCCAUGUACCCCAUCAGCUGAUCCAUGUGCCGAUAUUUUGUGUCCAGCUGUCGUAAGAUACUGUAAAGCUGAUGAAUUGCCAACAGGCUGUUGUCCAUGUACUCCAAGAGAAAUUGGAUGUGCUGGUGUUAUGUGCACUAUGGAAAUUAGAUAUUGUGAAGAAGGUGAAAAUCCAGACUACUCUUGUUGCCCAUGUACACCAAAUCCAAAUAUUUAAAUAAAAUACUGCAAUAUUUUCCAUAUUGUUUUGACUGUU